AUGGAAAAUGAUGCGGAAACACUUCGAGAUACAAAUGUUAUACAAGAACCGUUUCAAAUACAAGGAGUGUCUUCAAUCGAAAUACCGAUUCAGUCAAUUACAAUUGACCUCGGUGAUCUUCCGCGAUACGAUGUUGCAGUGGGCCCGAGAAACGACGAUGAUGUAGUUAUAAAGGAGGAGGAGGAGGAGGAGGAGGAGGAGGAUUGGGAGACCAAAAGUGAUGAUAGCGACGAUAACGAAAGGUAUUAUAGUUCAGAUGAUGAAUAA